AUGGCUCCUAGACGACAGGCGGCCAAACGCAAGUCUGUCCGAGAUGACUAUAGUGAUGUCUCAGAUGUGGUAUCAAGUUCGGCAAACAAGAAAGUGAAGAGAAGCCGGAGACAGCCAACCCGAAGGUCGCCGAGAUUAGAGAGACUGUAUCCCGGUGCGGAAAACGGACGGGGUAAGGGCGGUCCGAGUCUCGAGCGGACUGGGGAGAAUGGGCUUAGCCUCGGAGAAGACGAGGAACUUCACCCGGUCCGAGCUAUGGCCAAAGUGGACAAGGCCGCAUCGCAACAUAGAUCCGGCCAGAAUGAGACGAGGAGGUCGGCCAAGUGUCUUUCUCAAUUUCUGAAGAAGCAGAAGAGUGAGGAGGAUAGUCUGACUGAGUUUGUGCAAAAGAAGAUUGCUCAAAUGGAGAACUUCACCAGUGCAUUUACGAAGGAAAUCAACAGCAAGUGCUCUAAGUUAUCGACGAUGCUAGAUUCUCCGUCAGAAAUGCCAACAGACAUUGGAGCGCAGCCUCUCUACAGACAAGGCCAGGAGACACUAGCUCUAUGUCGAGAUAUCUUGAAACACUACGAGGAAACCAACAAGUUGACUCAAGGCGAAAAGUACGCCCUGCCAGCUUCGUCAAGCGACGAGGACAAGGGUCAAGUGCUGGAGAUUACGAACAUGGCGGCUGGUAUCGGUAGAAAGCUGGUCGAGAGAGCUUUUAAGGCCUCUCAUGUCGGCGGGGGCGGUCUUGGUAUUCCCGAGCCGAAGACUGACAAGGAGAGGCUGGCGCACUCUUUCCUUGCGAAGAGUCUGGCUUCGCAUCAGGAGAAGCCGUGGGGCGAAGAGGUCUGGGUUGUUUGGAAGGCGUGGCAUUGCAUUUCAAAUGGAAUUCGGGGAAGUGAUGCCUUGCACCCCCCGCCUGAGAAAUGA